AUGACCUUCAAACCCUUUGAAGUGGGCCCUCAGAAAAUUUCAUUUCAAGAACUUCUCACAGCAACUGAUGGGUUUAAUGAGGCCAACUUAUUAGGAGUUGGCAGCUUUGGAAAAGUGUUCAGAGAGGUUCUGAAAGAUGGCACAAUGGUUGCUAUCAAAAUCCUUAAUAUCCAGGAUGAAUAUGCACGUAAAAGUUUUGAUAGAGAGUGCAGUGUUUUAAGGAGAGUUCGGCAUAGAAAUCUUCUUAAAAUCAUAACCUCUUAUUCAGAUCCAGAUAGGGAAGCCUUAAUAUUUCCUCUUGUGGAAAAUGGCAGCCUGGACAAGUUUUUCUAUCCUGCAGGUGAAGAAAGUUCUCAAGGCCAACUGUGUCGGUUGGAUUUAAUUCAAAGGCUCAGCAUAGCGCUGGACGUUGCACAGGGCAUGGAAUACCUUCAUCACGGAUGUUUUGUGCAAGUCGUCCAUUGUGAUCUAAAGCCCAGUAAUGUGCUUCUUGGCGAGGACAUGACAGCCUAUUUGAUAGAUUUUGGCAUUUCAAGAUUGUGCCUGCGGAACUCCAUGGAUUCAUACACUUCUACACAUAACUUGAAAGGAUCCAUUGGAUACAUUGCUCCAGAAUAUGGAGUGAGUGGACAUGUUACUACAAAAGGAGAUGUUUACAGCUAUGGAAUAAUGUUUUUGGAGAUGAUGACUGGGAAGAAGCCAACCAGCAGCAUAUUCGUAGAAGGAAUGAACUUGCAUAAAUGGGUGAGCAGAUGUUUUCCAAAUACAAUAGAAGAAGUGGUUGACAGAAAUUUGCUUAGUGGUGACCUUAACAAUGAUGAAAAUAAGGUGAUAUAG